ACACUAUUUAUAUCCUCGGCUAAUUAGGCUGAGUUGCACUUUAUUCCCACUGAUACCUCUUUCUUGUGGCUAGUGCUCUAAAAUGUAUACGACAGCAGAACUUGGAGCGUGAAAACUUGAGUGUAGAACAUGGUCUACGUGUGCUUUGGAGUGUUAAUCGAGUUUUAUUUCUCGCUUUGAGAGGAGUUGUAGUGUACACUGAAGUCGGACGGACAGACGGACGUUUAGAGACAGGUGGUGAAACCGUUAGAAAUGGAAAGGGUUCGGUGUGGAGUGAUGAUGAUGGAACAGCUGUAACUGCUCCCUCGUAGUGCUCAGGAAGCUGACAUUCGAUCUGAAACCUCAGUUUGGAGCACAGCCGGUCCAGAAUGUUCAACAGCAGUAAAAGGGUUUGAGAAUCGAUGGUGUGUGCGCUGCGGUCAUGGCGAGUGUUUCGGAGUUCUACGCAGGGAAGUGUGUGCUGAUCACCGGGGCGACGGGCUUCAUGGGGAAGGUGUUGGUGGAGAAGCUUCUGCGUUCCUGUCCCGAGGUUAAAGCUCUGUACCUGCUGAUUCGCACCAAACAGGGCCAGAGCUCACAGCAGAGGAUCCACACCAUGCUGCAGAGCAAGCUGUUUGACCGGCUCCGGGAGGAGAAUCCAGACUUCCAUAAGAGGAUCAUCCCUGUUAGCAGUGAACUAACACAGCCUGGACUCGCUCUGAGUGAUGAAGACGUACAGACGCUCACGCAGUCCGUCCACAUCAUCUUCCACUGUGCAGCCACCAUCCGCUUCGACGAGCCGCUCAAACAUGCUUUGCAGCUGAACGUGAUUGCGACGCAGCAGCUCCUGUGUCUGGCUCAGCAGAUGCAGCAGCUUCAUGCGUUUAUUCACAUUUCUACCGCAUACGCCAACUGCAACCGCCGCCAUAUUGAUGAGGUCAUCUACCCCCCACCUGUGGAGCCCGGCAAGCUCAUCCACUCACUGGAGUGGAUGGAUGAUGCAAUUGUCCAUGACCUCACACCGAGGCUGAUCGGUGAUUGGCCGAACACGUACACCUACACCAAAGCGCUGGCGGAGUGCGUGGUGCAGCAGGAGAGCGGGAAACUGAACAUAGGGAUCAUCAGACCCUCUAUUGUCGGGGCCAGCUGGCAGGAACCGUUCCCUGGCUGGAUUGACAACUUCAACGGACCGAGUGGUGUCUUCAUCGCGGCAGGAAAGGGGAUCUUGAGGACGAUGAGAGCCAGUAAUGAUGCAGUAGCAGAUCUGAUUCCAGUCGAUGUGGUGAUCAACCUCACACUCGCCGCAGGGUGGUACACUGCAGUGCACAGACCGAAGUCUGCUAUGGUUUAUAACUGUACAACAGGAGGCAUUAACCCUUUCCACUGGGGAGAGAUCGAGCAUCACGUGAUGUUGACGUUUAAGCGGAACCCUCUGGAGCAGGCGUUCCGUCGACCCAAUGCUAACAUCACCUCAAACUACCUGAUUUAUCAGUACUGGAUCCUGGUGAGCCACAAGUUUCCUGCGCUCCUCUACGACCUGUUCCUGAGACUGUCUGGACAAAAACCACAAAUGAUGCGGAUCUUUAACAGGCUGCAUAAAGCCAUCGGACUGUUGGAGUACUUCAGCAGUCAGGACUGGGAGUGGAAUUCUGACAACAUGAACAUGCUGAUGAACCAGCUGAGCACCGAGGACCGCAAGGUGUUUAACUUUGACGUGCGUCAGUUGAAUUGGCCGGAGUACAUUGAGAGUUACUGCAUCGGCACCAAGAAGUACGUACUGAACGAGGACAUGGCCGAUAUUCCCGCCGCCAGGCAGCACUUGCGCAAGCUGAGGAAUAUCCGUUACACGUUUAACACGGUCCUGCUGGUCUUUAUCUGGCGAGUCUUUAUCGCUCGCUCUCAGAUGGCCAGAAACAUCUGGUACUUUGUCGUCAGUUUGUGCUUCAAGUUUCUAUCCUACUUCAGAGCCUCGAGUACCCUCACCAAAUAAAUAACGGCAUUCUACUGACCCAGUCUCUUCCAGUGAACCCUGUUCUUUCUCCACAUCCAUCUCCAGACUGUCUGUGUACUCCAGUAUAGACCAGACUGUGUCUGUGCUCAUGAGCAGAAACUAACGCACACUCCCAGUUUACUGCAGCAUUGUCCUGUCUGACCUCAGUCCAUUUUGAGGGUGUACCCUGGUCUGCCCCUUGUCCAAUCGAGAAUACCCUAGUCUGCCCCUAGUCCACUGCGGUGUACCCUGGUACCAGUGGUCUUCCUGCAAUCCACUCUAGUGUACCCUGGUCUGCCCCAAGUCCACUAGAAUCUACCUUGGUCUACCCCCAGUCAUCUGCAGUAUACCCUGGUCUGCCUACAGCCCCACUUAAAUGUUCCCUGGUAUACCCACAGUCCAGUCAAACAUACCCUGGUGUGCUCCAAGUCCAGUUGCGUGUACCCUGGAGUUCCCUGCGUCUACUUGAGUAUACCCCCGUCUGCCCUCUAGUCUAACUAUGUGCCCUCCAGUUUGCCCAAAGUUUAAUUAACCAUAACUUGGUCUUCUUAAACAGACCCCACUUUAAUAUGUACCAGUAGUAAAGUCUGCCCCAAUCUACUAAAAUAUAAACCUCAUCUGCCCCAGUCUACUCGGAUAGACUCGGAUAGACUCUGAUAUCUUUGUACACAUACCCCGUUCUGCCCCCUGUCUAUUCGCUGUCUACGAGAAUAAGUCUGUCUGUACUCUUCCCCAGUUUAUCUGCGGUAUUCCCAUCUGACUUCACUAAUCCCCCCCACCCACCCCCCUUUUCCUAUCUGCUCCAUUGUGGUUCAGUUAACCCCUAAACUUUCACUUUUUGCCACUUUGUCACCUGAUCCUUAGAAACUGGUGUAUUCUUACCAACAGAACACAGCAUUGUACCGCCCAUGUGUAGCUCCACCUCCUGAUAAUCUCCUCCAGUCUUACUUUAAUUCAGAGACCAAUCUGAUAACGGUUCCCCAAAGUGUCCGGCUGAGUCUACCCCAAGCGUCCCUGUCGGAGUUACUCGGGGUAUCUGAGGGGUGGGUGGGGGGUAUGUGGUGUGAUGUCACCGUGAGAGCAUCCACUGUUUUUAGAGCUUUUACUUCUUUUAUAAAAAGUGUUCGUUAAAAAAAAAAGAAAAAGAAAGAAAGGAACAGAUAUAUAUGCAACAGCCACUCUUAUUUUACCUUGCCUGUAUACUUGUCAAUGUUCUCUGUUUAAUUAAUGAUAGAAUUAUUAUUAUUAUUAUUAUUAUUAUUAUUAUAUAUUGUUCUUAAUUGUCCCGAGACAAGGCCUUGAUUUUUAAAAAAAAAAAAAAAAAAAAAGCAAAAAAAACCAAACAUUUUAAUCAUGAUAGUGUUGAAAGACUUAUCGAAAUCCCUACAGUUCAGAAAGCUCUGGUUGUGUAUGCAUCUGUGUGUGUGUGCAGUAGGGGUCCAAAUGUCUGUGUUCACUACCGAGAGCUGUUUUUAUUUCAUCAGUUAUCCAACACUAAUAAACAUGGUUUCAACACACACACACACACACACACACACACACACACACACACACACACACAGUCGUGUAAACUCAUAAGUGUCGUAUGUUCAUGUCUAGCACUUUGAUCUUGACCUUGAUCUUUUUACUGGAAUAGUUGUGUUGAACUUAUACAUUUUUUGGUAACUGAUGAAAGAAAACGGUUCUUUAUUUCUGAUUUAAUGCUGUUUAUUAUGCACUAAAGCAGAUUUUAUAGCAGUAAUCAUUCUCGUUAAAUACCGGCGUGUUCAUACGCAGUUCUGCAGUAUUAGCACUAAAUGCUAAAGGCUGCGUGUUUCUGGCUCGAUCUGUACAUUUAGCAGCUUAGCAUUCGUUUGUAUUUACAGUUUUUCUUUACGAUUUAUCAGAAAUACAACCGGAUAUACCUUUGGCUUGCUAAGCUAAUUUGCACUAAACAGUUGCACUUGGCAUGCUAGCUAAGUUAACAUUUUAAUGUGCAGAAUUUGUACAGUUUAGCAGAAAUAUAAUUUUUCCAGUGCUUCAUUAUUGCAAGAUAUUCAUCUUGCACCUUGCUAGCUUAGCUACCCUGUCAAGUUCUUACUGUAAAAUAUAACUGUCCCUAGUCCUAACUUGCAAGUUAGCAAUUUUAGAGUGUAAUUAUUGUAUUUUUUAUCAGAGAUUGGACUUCCCAUGAGUUUAGCUAACAAGUUUGUAAUAUAUACAGUUUUCACAAUAAUCCACGGUAUGAUUGUAUCCUUUAAGCUUAGCAAAUUUACAAACUAGUUCAAAUUAGCUGGCAUGGAAGUUUUCACUCUACAUUUUUUACCAGGAAUACAGUGUCCCAUGGCGUGUUGGCCUGUAAGCUGUUUUCGGAAGUCGAUGGUCGCUAACUUACUGCAGUAAUGCGGAGAGAAGGCUGAAGUAUUGUUUGAGAUGAUUGUAAUGUUUACUGACGCACAGACUGCCCUCUGUUGAUACGAUGCCAAACAAACUGCGUUUUUACACUUUUACUGUUUACUGUUCUCGAGUGUUUCAUGUACUGUUCAUUACUGAUAGAAGAUCUCUACACAGAUGCCAUAUUACAGUACAGCGCUCGUCUUCCUCCAUCCCGUCACGUGUUUUAAUGACGAGUUUAAAUACAAAUCCAGUGAAAAAUGAAGCGAGAGAUUGUAUUUAUUCCCCUUGAUUCUUUUCAUUUCAUGUAUUUUGUACUGAAUCACAUUAGAAAUCAUGUUCAUCUCCCUUUCUCACACUUUUCUAAGAAUAAAACGUCCCAACGCUCCACUUUUCUACACCACAUGAACACCUUGAUGUCUUAAAAUAAAAGCGUGCAAUCAGAA